UUAGAUGCUGACUCAACUAAAGGACGUUUGUGUAGCUGCAUCAAACAAUUGCACGUCUGCAGUAUUACCUGCCCCGACGAGAGAAAGAGAGAGAGAGAGAGAGAGAGACAGAGAGGCCUUUAUUUGUUGCAUACCAUCUUGUACUUGCAUAUUGAAUAUCGGAGGAAGCAUAGCCGAGAGCUUUGGAAAACAUGGUUGAAGAGAAGAAAGAGGAAGGAAGCAAGGAGGAGGAGAAGAAAGAAGGAGGUAAAGAGGAAAAGAAGGAAGAAGAGGCUCAAGAGAUUGUGCUCAAGGUUGAUAUGCAUUGUGAGGCUUGUGCCAGAAAGGUUGCAAGAGCCUUGAGAGGAUUCCAAGGAGUGGAGGAUGUAACGGCGGAUUGCAAGGCCAGCAAAGUGGUGGUUAAAGGCAAGACUGCAGACCCAAUAAAGGUGUGCGAGAGGAUUCAAAAGAAAAGUGGUCGAAAAGUGGAGCUCAUUUCACCUUUACCCAAGCCACCCGAGGAGCAGAAUAAGGAAGAAAUUAAAGAACCCAAAGAAGAGAAGAAAGAGGAGCCUCCUGCUGUUAUAACAGUUGUGUUGAAAGUUCGAAUGCAUUGUGAAGCAUGUGCUCAAGGUUUGCAGAAGCAAAUCCGAAAAGUUCAAGGUGUAGAAUCUGUGACAACAGACCUAGCAAACGACCAGGUAGUUGUGAAAGGUGUUAUCGAUCCUGAAAAGCUGGUAAGUGAUGUGUACAAGAGAACAGGAAAGCAAGCUUCAAUUGUGAAGGAAGAAGAAAAGAAGGAAGAAGAGAAGAAAGAAGAUGAAAAAAAGGAUGAGAAAGAAGGUGAAAAGAAAGAAGGCGAAGCAGCAAGCAAGGAAGAAGGAGAAGAUAAGAAGACAGACAUCAAGAAAAGCGAAUAUUGGCCUGCUGCUACAUACUACAUGGAGUAUGCUUAUACCCCUCAAAUUUUCAGUGAUGAGAACCCUCAUGCUUGCUGUGUUAUGUAACAAAUCACUUUAAUUUGUACUUUUUAUGGAUUUUUAGUUAGCUUAUAUAUGCAAUUUUGCAUGUGCUUGUAUAAUAUUAUGUUAAUAAGACACAUCGGUGUGUUGACAAUUGAGGGUUUAUUCCUUCCAUGGCAUUUCUAAAUAAUAAUUCAAUAUUCUCU